AUGGCCAGCAUCAACGAAUUACUUUCACCAGUGGCGGAACCGUCCUCUUCUCCUGAACAAUCACCUCAAGCUUUUGUCGGCCAAAAGCCCGAGAGCUUACACUUCACUAUCGAGUUCGUGCUUGACACGGCGUGUCCUCAUUGCUACAUCGGUCUGAAGAAUCUCAACGCGGCCAUCGAUGCAUACAAGCUGCAGCACCCCAAUGCUACGUUUGAGGUCACUUGUUCUCCGGUUAUUCUGAGCCCUUCGGCAGGACGCAGUGUUGACACCAAAGAAGUCUACUAUCAAACUAUUCGUGGAUUUGCACCAUCCACUAUUCAGGAUUGGACGCGCCAGGGUCAAGAAAGUGGUAUUAACUUCAGCUGGCAAGAGGGCCGUACCGGCAAUUCUCGGGAUUCUCAUAAGCUUCUGCGUCUUGCACUUGAGGCAACCCCGUCAACUUACCGCAGCUCUUCAUUCACCCGAGCCUUUGGCCACAAUCGGCUUUCCACUACGUCGUCCUCACUGGUUACUGAUGUGACACCCGUCGGAGCGCGUGGACCACAAACACAGAUGCAGCUCGCUGACACUAUCUAUCGUGAAUACUUCGAGAACAACCGCGAUCUCUCAGAUCGCUCCUUUCUUCUAAACACAGGAACAUCCCUGACCAACAUCCCCGCGGAGGAGAUCCAAGCUUGUUUGGAGAGCGACGAGUGGGACUAUGCCAUCGACCGCCUUAGCGAUAGGAAUAAGAUGGAAUUCAACGCUGUCCCCGUUUUCAUCAUCCAGGGUCGCUUCGUCGCGGGCGGCUGGCAAACACCCCAGAAGCUUCUUGACAUAUUCGAGCAUGUCCGCGCCGAAGGGCCCAAUGCGCCUGGUCGCAUCCUGAGCGUGCCUGGUGGAGGUUGGUGGAUGCCCGGGGGUGUCUUCAGGGGUGCCAAUCAGGAUGCAGCAGAAACGGGACGCAGGAGCGCUUUUGGUAGCAGCUGA